CUUAUUGUACGACAGCACAGGCAGGUGGAAUGUCAGCCAUUCUGCACUCCAUCAAAAGCUUUUUCCUCGGAUUGGCGCGAGGAGCUGGUGAUUUCUACAGGUCCAUCGUGAACUGGCUCAAGAUGGCAUACUCACCAAACCCAUACUACCGCGGCAACAUCAUCACCGGCAGAGCCGUCGGCGGCAGGAACCCCUUUGUCGGCAACCUGCGCAUGGUGAUAGCGCAAGUCUUCCAACCCUCCGACUGGACCGUCCUGGAAGUCGCCGUCCUGAGGCCCUCCGGUCCGCCGACCAAGGCCGUUCUGAAGCUGUUUGACCGCCGUUUCUCGCCGUGUAUCCAACGGGCGCGGCAACGACUGGAGCACGGCGCGUGGACGCCAGAAUUUGAAAAGGAGUUUGUCGACUACGUCCGCCGGGGCGCCGCUAAUGAGUACAACGAGUCCCUUUGGGACUCCGAUAGCGAUGAAGACGACGAGGAAGAGGAGGAUGCGCCUGUCAAUUUGCUCCAGGAGGAGGUCAUCCGCCAGUCUCAGUGUGAUGGGAUUGCCAAUGCGCGGUUGAAUCGGUUGCAGACCCGUAUGGGCGUGGAGAAGGGUAUUAGGUUGCCCAAGGUGCAUUGCACGGUGCAGAUGUCGAUAGGAGGAGAUGUUGAGAACCGGCUUCUUGAGGUUCCUGGGAUAUUGAUGGAGUAUGUGCCUGGGUUUAGCUGUGAUGAUACGGAAUAAUGGCAGUCGAAGGAGACUUCUGGGCUGAGUUCAGGGUAUUGGAGACGAGGACGACGGAAGCGCAUGCCCGGGAAUAUGUAAGAGUAGGGAAGGCAUUAACGUUCACUACGGCGUGAGGUUAAUGGAGUAUAUGGCGAUCUCGGUUAAGCUGGAUGAGCCUGAUAAUCAUAUUAGUAAAGAG